CAACAAGAGAAAAUUAGUUUUUUGCAUUUCGUUUUAAAGUGUGCAGCAUCUCCCAAUUCUUUGUCAUAAAUAAAUGGCUAUCAAUUAAAAUUAAAACAGAUUAAUAUAUAAUUAAAAGAAACAAGUGUUUGUAAUAAGAUUACAGCUAUUUACGCGGUUUAAAGCGAAAUAUUUCGCAAAUAUAAACUUUAAAUAGAAAACCCAGUGAAUGGUGCAAGGUGUAUGUGUGUAUGUAUGUAAACGAAAAUGAGACACUGGUAAAAAAACAGCAAACAAGAAAAAACGAAAGGUGCUUAAACCGAAAUAACAAAGAAAUGUGAAAGUUUUCAACAAAAAUAUUAAACUUUUUUUUGUGUGUGUAAAAAAACAACAAUAAAGUGAAAAAAAUCAUACAUAAAUAAUAAAAUAAAGAAAAAAUCAUUGUCGCUUUUCAGUUUUUUUCUUUUGUAUCCCAUCAUACCGGUAUUUUUUGGCUGUGCGUGCUCCAACCAGCUGAGCCACCUUCAAAUUAUUGACAUUUUAGUUUACGCCUGCGUUUGCAAAAAUAAGAAAACAAUAACAACUAAAACAAACAAGUACUCAUAAAAAUAACAACCAAAGGAAAACUUCCAUAGUUAUAUAUAUUCCCUACACGGCAUCUGCGAAAAACACCCCCAUCACCACCUAACAACUUUUGUGGCGUCAUUUUUAACUCCAUAAAACGUUAAUAUGUAUCGCAUAGGGCCCAUUGGCCGUAAAUCAAAUUUCCAUUCCAAGGAAAAAUGCCUCAUUGGUUUGGUAUUGGCCACUCUGUGCCUGCUUUGUUUUGGUGGCAUAUUCCUGUUACCCGACAACUUUGGUGGCGAACGUGUUUUAAAGGUUUACAAACAAUUUCAAAAAGCCGGUCCUGAAAUCUUUAUACCGGCACCACCCUUGGCGGCCCAUUCGCCCAAAGAUCUUGAUCCCCAUUUCAUUAAUGAUCGUGUUAAAUUGCAAGCUAAAAUUAAAGAAGAAUUGGGUGAAAUAAUGGAUAAACCACAAUUACAACAAGACACCAUGGAUAGUGGUAACGAUGCUGCCGCUGAACAGGAUUCGCCACAGCAAUUCGAUGAAACUGGUAUGCAACAGGGAGCCGCUCCACCCCUUAAUAAUGCAGCCAAAACAAAUGACAACAAUCAUUCUCCGGAUGAUGUAGCUGCUUUGGACAAUAAUAAUCUACCCAUUGGCAAUGUUAAUUUACAAAUGCCCUUGGGCGGUCAUGCCGACACCGAUCCCAGUGUAGAGGAUAAACGUUUAAAAGUUAAAGAGGUUACAUUUACAUUUGUACCAAAUGUAGCAUACAUCUACUAACCAUCAACAAAUAAUUUAUAUCCAGUUAUUGUACUAUAUUGUCUAGCACAUGUAACCAUUAAAAAACCUAUACGCGGAAAUAAUUGACGAUUUAAAUACU